CAGCCAGCUAGUGAGUCAGGGCACGGAGAGGGAACAGAACGCCAGGACUUGGAGCCGUCAGUUACCCGCUCAGCCCCCUCCGCCCCUAGUCAGUUCGGGCAAGGGAAGGGGAAUAUAACGCUUGGGUCAGGACUUCCAGCCAUCAGUUACCCGCUCCGCCUCGCCGCUACUCAGUUCAGGCAAGGGAAGGGGGAUAGAACGCUUGGGUCAGGACUUCCAGUAACCCCGCAAGCCCGCCAGUCGGUCAGUCAGGGCACGGUGAGAGCCUACACGUGGGUCAGGACUUGAAGCCGUCAGUAACUCUGUCUCGCCCGCCGCCUGUCAGUUAGGGCACGGUGAGAGCCUACACAUGGGUCAGGACUUCCAGCCGUCAGUUACCCCGUGAGCCAGCCAGCCAGCCAGCCAGCCAGUUCGGCCACGGUGAGGGACUACACGUGGGUCAGGACUUGCAGCCGUCACUUCCCAGCCACCUACAUCGUCACACCUCGCGCUCAGAAAUGUUACGGCCAGCUCAGGUGGCGUUAAUGGCUGCCUUGGCGAGCUGCGUGACUUCUGCGCCCCAGCCCGUCCCCGAAUUACCAGGAGCACCAGGAUCUUCGGGGCUGAACCCUGAACUGCAUCCCGCAAUUGGACAGCAAGAUGACCAACCACAUGACUCGCUGCCCCUCACCUACGCCAGCACGGAGGACAAGACUUCCUUUGAGGGUCCGCUGGAUGUGAUAGGGCCCAGUACCGUAGGAGAGGAGGCGGGAGCGGCGGCCACGAAGACAUAUAGCGACGCAGUGGAAGUUGAUGCCGAGAGCGGACGAAAACUCUAUGGCUUCCUCCCUCCAGAUCUUGCCGAGUUGGAAGGUCCCGCAAGGCCACAAGUUAAAGGGGAAGCGGAGAUCAUUUCCGAGAUAGAGAGCAUCUUAGGCAAGGUACGAGAGCAGUAUAGCCAGAAUGGACAGUCCUUCCCUAUUCCCGAAGCUGAGGGUGAAUCCUCCGCCUCUCAGGGACAAGCUGUAAAGUCCAUCACCGAUCUUUUGAAGCUUUCCAAGUCCAAGAUUGAGAAUGAAACGGUGGAGGAAGAUCCGGUGAUUGAAGAGGCUCGGAAACGGUACAUGGCCAUCUGGAACAAAGAGGCUGAGCGACUGAAUGCUCCGUACAUGAGGGUGACGAAAGCCUGGCCAGAACUCGGUAUGGUUUAUAUGCCUGAUGUGACGGAGGCGACGGAUCAGAUCAAGGCGUCCAAGGCGGUAAAGGAGGCAGCGGAGACCUUCAAGAAAGUGUACGAGGAAAGGGUCACAGAAGAGGCCGCCAGGAACGCAACGAUGGAGCCGAUACUGAAGGUCCUCAACAACUUCAUGAGUGCUUGGAUUUGGGCGGAGACCACAGACGAGGCGGAGGCUGCUGGGUUGACUGACGGCGAUGACAGCGAAGAGGAACACCACGAAAUGAAGACUCCUGACCGAUCUAACGCCCAGAAGAGGCUACAAGGCAAUUCGAUCGACUCCCAGCUCGGCGAACUCUUCAAGAACAUGGUCACGCGACGGCCAACGCCAAAUCUGCAGCCCAGCGAUGAUACCAAAUCCAAGGACCUCAUCCAGACACUGAAUUCCAUGAAGCUGACGUUGUCCUGCACGGUGGUUCCUGGGAGCCUCGCCGACACAGUCCCUUCUGACACCCCCAUCAACCCGAACAUCCCACCUAACAACCCGAUAGCCGAUAUAAGGCCGAUUAUUGAUCCUUUCGGCGUAUUGGACUCGGUCAGGAAUACCGGAACCGCAAACACACGCCCGCUGAUACCCCAAACACCAGACCGAGACCGCCUAAGAAGCCCAAAUGCGGCUCCCAGGCCCUUCUAUAACCCUUCCGUAGUGAGCCCGUUGAGAGAUCCCAUAGCUGCUUAUAAUCGACCACCUGUAAGCCCUAUUGCGUAUUCUGGACCCUAUAUAACGCAUGAGGUGGAUAUCAGACCAGUUGGGUUUCCAGAGACAUCCGCACCAGUAGCAGCGAGGCGUAAUUACAACAUAUACCCGAUCACAGAAGAAGAUGACUCCUCGCAACCCAUGGAGUCUGAGGAGGUGUUUGCUCGACUCUAUCUGCCCCAACAGCCGUGGAGAGAGCCUUCGUGGCUGCACUAAAGGGGGCAGAGGCAAUUUACAUAAGAGACCAUUAUUACUGAGAUAGAAUAAGGAGUUUGAAGUAAUAAUUGUAAUUUGAGGAGAUGUUUGGUGGAUGUUAUGGGCCCCAGAAGCCGUGGUCACAGACAGACUUCGUGACUUAAGGGGGCACUAAAGCAAUUUACAUAAGAGACCAUUGUUACUGAUAUAGAAUAAAGAGUUUGAAGUAAUAAUUGUAAUCUGAGGAGAUGUUUGGUGGAUGUUAUGGACCCCAGAAGCCGUGGUCACAGACAGCCUUCGUGACUAAAGGGGGCACUGAGGCAGUUUACAUAAGAGACCAUUGUUACUGAAAUAGAAUAAAGAGUUUG